GUGACUGGUGCCUCCCACAUCUGUGGACAGCAUCUGCCUCAUUAUCGCCCUCCACGUGGAGCCAGCCCAAAGCAGUGUUGCUGCACAUCACGUGGGAUGAAGGGCUGAAAGCUGCCUCCUCUUGCAGGCUGGCUUCCAAGAUUGCACCUUCUUCUUCUCCUGCGCUUCCUCCAAUUCGUAUGACCUUCCAAGACAGAGCUGACCCGCUCAGGGACCAGGACGAUGCAGCCAGCAACACAGUUCCACUUCACCAACCAACUGUCAUCCUGCGGGCGGAACUUCUUCCAGCCCCAGCUCGCCCCGAGUCUCCCAAACAAAACGGAGACCCCGAUCCCACAGCCCCGACACGAGCUCCCUAAGUCCAAGGAGCGUCUUCCGCCACAGCCGGCCACGGACAAACCAUUGCCCCGCCGUAUCCCCCGCCUCCGGGCCGUGGUGGAGAGCCAGGCCUUCAAGAACAUUCUGGUGGACGAGAUGGACAUGAUGCACUCCCGAGCGGCCACCCUCAUCCAGGCCAACUGGAGGGGUUACCAGCUCCGGCAGAAACUGGUGUCGCAAAUGAUGGCCGCUAAGGCUAUUCAGGAAGCCUGGAGACGUUUCCACACCAGACGGAUCCUCCGGUCCAGCAGGUCAGGAGCCAAGGCCAAAAAACCCAGCGCCGUGGAGGAGGGGGACAUUCCCUACCACCCUCCCCAGCAGGUGCGGUUCCAGGGAGAGAAACACCUCCCACACCAGCCCCUCAUGGUGAACAAGGAGACCCAGUUCCCUUCCUCCGACAGCCUGGCUGUUCUGCAGCCCCCAGCAGGUCAGCACCCUCCAGAGUCCAGCACGCAGGCCCCGCGAGCUGCCGGUGGCCCUGGGGUCACCUUCCUGCCACACCAGACACAUGCACUCAAAUUCCCAUGUCCGCUGAGUCUCAAUGCCAAAUACCAGCCGUGCGUGUUGACCAGAACCAUCCGCAGUGCCUGCAUGGUUCACAUAGAGGGAGAUGCGGUGAAAACCAAGCACGUGACCGCCAAAGGCAACAGGUUGGGGUCCCCAGAGCCACCACCGCCCGGAAGGUCUGGCCAGGCUGUUCCUGGAUCAGUCAAGACCCAAACCCAGGCUCACACAGAAGCAGAGAUCUUUAAAGUCCCAACCCAGAUAAGCCACCCAGUGCCCGUGGUGACCAAGACCCCCGCCCACAUGAAUCCGGUAACCAUGACGACCAAGACGCCACUCAAGACAUGCCCGGUACCCAUGACAACAGCCAAGACCCCCACGCAGCUACAACCCACAGCCUCGAUGACCAAUCAUAGCCCACCUCCGACACGCCUGGGAGCCAUCAUGGGGAAAAUUCCACCCCAGGUAGGCCUGCUGGCUUCCACGAUCAAGUCCCUACCCCAGACGCGUCCGGUGGCCACCGCCACCAAGCCGCCACCCCAGACGUCCCAGGGACACGCGCCCAGAUCGACCAUGGCGAAGACGUCACCCCAGGUGUGUCUGACCGUCACCACGACCACGACCACCACCCCACUGCAGACGUGUCCGGGGGCCACUAUGUGUAAGACGUCAUCCCAGACGUGCCCUGUCACCUCGAUGGCCAAGCCCCCGCCCCAGACGCGUCUGGCCGCCAUGAUAAACAAGACGCCUGCUCAGAUCCGCUCAGUGGCCGCUGUCCUUAGGACCCUCUGCAUGCCUCCUCCCGUGGUGGGGAACAAGACUGCACCCCCCGGAGCUCUGAGCACCCCAUCGCCCAUCCAAACGAUCACUCCCAAGGCCAAAGCUGCAGCGACUGCGAAGCAGGCCAUGGGGACAGCCAAAGUCCCCUCUCGCUCUUUCCUGGCUGAGGAGACGGUCAAGGGGCUCCCCUCGCCCCACCCGGGCCCCAUGGCGAAGGGUAUAGCCAAGCCUCUGGAAACUGAAAAAACCAAGACGUGUCCACAGAAACAGGUCAAAAUGGCGGCUGGGUCAAAAAGUAACACGACAAUAGAAAUGGCCCGGCCGAUGUCCUGGACCAAAGUCGUCGAAAGAGACCACAGAUUUCUAACGCAGACGCAGGUGCAGCCGGAUGUCCUUAAGAUCCUCUCCCGGACAUCCGUGUCUAUCGAAACAGCCGUGGCCAUGCCUCAGGCCCAGAUGGCCACGUGCCUGACCAAGAGUCUGCCCCAGGUCCAGAUGGCCGCCACGGGAACCAAGGCCUCGUCCCAGGCGCGUCCACUCAUGGGACCCAACACAGCCCAACCGCAGCAUAAGACGUUGUCUCCCCAGGCAUGUUCAGUCGCCCAGCAAACAGAGACCCUGUCGCGGGCCCAGCUGGCCACAUCGCACCCCACAGUCUCGUCCUCGGCCCACCCACCUGCCAAGCUGACCACGUCUCUGCCUGGGGCCCCAUUGGCCACGUCCCAGGUGUGUCGGUCUGCCGAGCUGACCACAGCGCCGCUGCAAGCCCAUGUGGGCACGUGUCCAGCCCGGGCCUCGUCCCAGUUCCAUGCACCCAGCAAGCUCGCUAAGGCCCCGUCUCUGGCUCAGCUGCUCACGUGUCUGACAAAGGCCCAGUCUCAAGUACAUCCCUCCACCGGGCUUCAGAAGGCCCAAUCGCAAGGCCAGUUGGUCACAGAUAUGGCCACAGGCUUCUAUGUGGCCCACCAGUUGGCCGAUCUUACCAGCAAGACACAGUCCCAGCCGCUCCUCGCUGGGGCUAGGGGACCCACCCAGCCUCACCCCAAAGCAGAAGAAAGGCUGAAUCAGCGGCAGUCCCAAGGCCACGUGCAGGCCAAAGCCACCCAAGGCCCGUGUCCAGCAGCCUCGGAGACCCAAGGCCUGAUGGUGCCUCUGCUGGUGACCGCUGGGCACACCACAUGCAAUGUCGAAUCCUGGGGCGACAACGGGGCCGCGAGGGGCCAGCCGUCGGGGCCUAGCCAGGCCACGUCUUACCAAGAGGAUGUGGCGGCCUCUCAGGUGGCCUCCCUGUGUGCCGAACUUGUCUCCGUGCUAGGUUCCCAAGAGGAUCUCCGUGCCCUGUUGGCCAAAGCGCUCUCACAAGGAGAAGUCCGGGCGGCCUUGAACCAGGCCCUGUCCAAGGAGGUUCUGGGAGCCACCCUGGCCAAAGCCUUACCUCCGGGCUUGCUGGGCAUGGCGUUGGUCAAGGCACUGUCCUGGGGCGAAGUGGGCAUCGCCCUGUCCCGAGCCCUGUCCCGAGGUGAGCUCACCAAGACCGUGCAGAGCAAAAUGGCCGAGGUGCUCACCAAAACUCUGACGGAGGACGAGCAGACGGCCCUGGGUCAGGCCCUGAGCCAAGGGGAGCUGGGCGCCAUCUUGAAUCAGUCUCUGCCCCAGACGGCCCUGCGGACUGGCACCGUUCUCCCCAAAGCCACCUCGAAAGCAGCAAAGGGAAGCUCCGUGACUGUCGUACCACCCCCGGCAGAGGUGGCCUGCAGGGGGGUUUCGUCCACCCCAUGGGGGCCGGCCCUGGGACCCGGGAGAUUGCAGAUGAGCAAGGGCCCCGGGGACACUAGCAUAGCCAGUGGCCAAGUGUGGAACGCAGCGGCCCCCAAUGUAGCAGUCAGUCCCAUGGACCACGCGGCCACUCCCCGGGAGCCGGCCAGGGCCACCGUCCCGUGGGCCGCCGGGGGCAGAGAGGCGGCGGUGGAUCGCAGGCAGCCGGGAAGCCUGGUGCGCACCACCACCGUGGAGGAACUGAUCAUCCGGGCGGUGACCGUCAUCCAGGCGUCCGUGCGUGGAUAUUUGGUGCGCCGCACCGUCAGGGUGUGGCACCGACGGGCCACCAUCAUCCAAGCUACCUGGCGUGGCUACUGCGUGCGGAGGAACCUGGCCCGGCUCUUUAAAGCCGCCACGAUCAUCCAGGCUUUCUGGGGUUCUCCGCAGCAGCCGCAGCAGCAAAACAAAGCCGCCACCGUCAUCCAGGCGGCCUGGAGGGGGUGCAGGGUCCGCCGGCGGCUGAGACAGCAGCAGAUGGCCGCCAAGAGGGUUCAAGCCACCUGGCGAGGCCACUACACACGGAAUUGCCUGACAACCCACGCGCUCCUGGGACCAAUUGGCCAGUGGGACAGUCCCCCGCAGUGUUGGCCGGGCGUCUAG